CCGGAACUACUAAUCACAUUGCUGCUGAUGUGGUCUUCCGAUGUUAGCAAACCUGGUCGAGCGAUUCAGACAGAUUGUUUGGUGUAAAAAGUGUUUUGCUUUGUUAGAAUAAUGCCUUACUAUCAGACUUGGGAGGAAUUCGCCCGCGCAGCAGAAAAACUGUAUCUGACAGAUCCCAUGAAGGUCAGAGUGGUUCUCAAGUACAGACACUGCGACGGCAACCUGUGCAUUAAAGUUACCGACAAUGCCGUGUGUUUACAGUACAAGACGGACCAGGCCCAGGACGUGAAGAAGAUCGAGAAGCUCCACGGAAAACUGAUGAGACUCAUGGUGUCCAAGGAGACGCACAGUGGCGCCAUGGAGACGGACUAAAAUGCUCUAGAAGUGCUGACCUUCUAGAGCACCUGGACUGAGUUCAGUGUGGACGCAGUGGUUGUUGAGAGCACAGAACCACUGGGGGUGUGAAUCUGAGAGAUGUGCGAUGGGGAAGACUUAGAGGGGAUGUGGAGGGAUUGAUCAGGCUGCCUACACUGAGUUAAUACUUUCAGAGAUGUGAUAUAGAUACUGUAUAUAUUUUAUUCUCUCAGGAUUUUCUUUUAAGAUACUUUCCACAUCAGUAAAAUUUUCAUUACACUUCUUUUCAGCGUCAGGCAUUUUAAUCCCAUCCCUGAUUGUAUUAAUACAAAGUAAAGUCAGUGUAGGCAGCUGAGAGAUUCAAGGAAAUGUAAAGAUGGGAAAAUGAGAGCGGUUGGGGGAAUAUGGGGUGGGACAAAAUGUACAAGGAGUACAAAAUCCUCUGCUGCUGUGGAACCAGCUUUGGCACCUUCAUUUUCUUAGAGGAGCUUGCAUUUAUUUUCAGUUUUAAAGGGGACAAAAAGGACAGGCAAUGUCGCCUGUCUUGUCCAUUUACAUCUAUGUAGCUGUGUUGGAUUCGAUUUCAGCACAGCGAUCGGUUUCGUUUUGUUUUUCCUCAUGGACUUGUGCCACAUGAAUGAAGCAGGACCUUCUGAUUUCCAAACAAUGGUGUGGAGAGUCCCACAAUUUCUACGUAGAAACCCCCACACCUCCAAAUGCCAUUUCGUCUACUGAAAAUAAAUGCGUUACAUGUUCAAUAAAUGUUUAUUUACCCCA